GUAAUAUUGAACCGCAUUCCUUCAGGGACGGCUUGUGUCAUACGGCGUUUAUAUAAGCACAUUUGUUUCAGUAAUCUCCCCUAGGUAGAACUACUGCUGCAAAACAAAAGAAAUUUUUGAUGUUGACAGGAGAAGCUUGAUGUAAGGCUAAAGACUUAAAGGAGUAUCACCAUGGCAAUAACUGGUUUGGAGGAGGUCAGACAAAUGCCUGGAUUCACCACUAUACUGAAAGCAGUUCUGAAGAGCCAGAUACAGCACUUGGUUGAUCAGCUGGCCAGGGAAACACAAGAAGAAUCUCUUGUUGUUGCUACGUGUUUAGAAGAUGGAACGAUUAGCCAUCUUGGCUCGGAAUUGGGCAAGGAUUUUCUGGAAGAUAGUGCAGAUAUGAAAUCCAGUUUCUUAGGAUUCUGUUUAAAAAGAAAAUACAGACAGAUGUCAAGCAAAGACCAAGGCCCAAACCGAAGCAGUGAAUCAGCAGAUUCUUAUGUUAGUUCUCCUAUGCUUGAAUUGGAUUACACAUCAGCACAGACAUCAAGUCCACACCCUGUUACAUUAUGCCAAGUUUCAAGUUUCGGGCAAGGUGUUGUUCAACUAAAACAGCAAGAAUUGUCACAUCAUGGACAACAGAACUCACCCGGAAAGAUUAGAAUCUCAGGAAAACAUAGACAUGAACCAUAUAAAGGUAAAGGUGAACAGAAAAACAAGACAGGUUCUCGUCAAGAGCAACAUAAAGGAGGUAGUACUGUGCAAAGUGAGGACCUUGCUGUAGAUUAUAUUAAUGCUUCAAAUAAUUCUUCUAGUCUUGGAGAAGAAGAUGGUAAUGUGUCCAUCAAAAUAGAACCGUUGGAUGAAAGUGAUAAACAGUUACAAGAAGAAACUGCAGUAGAUAGUGAUACAAGGUUUCCUGCUCAUCUAAGUAAGGGAGCCAGUACUGACCCAAUUUCAGGUGAUACAAACUCAUCUCCAACAAACAAAGUGCAAACAGGUGAUGCAACUAAAACUAUUCCAUACCCAUCAUCAGUAGGAAUGUAUUCACCUUCACAAGAGUCAUUUAAUAUGGAAAAUCAAUUUUCAGAAGUCAUUGUAAAAAUUGAGACCUCUGUUGACAUGUAUGAUCAAGAGGAAGAAACAAGUAGUUGUAGUUUAGACCUCGCGGAGACAAAAUAUGAAAAAAUGGAGCAGUCAAUAUGUGAAAUCCAGUCAGGCAAAGAGAAGGGAAUAAAAGAAACUGUGACAAAACCAGAAGAAUGUCUUUUUUCCGAGAAGAAAAAUAGUAAUGGUUGCGGCCUUGCUUCUGGCAAUCUCCAAGGUGCAACCAGUGACCAGACCACAGGGUGCACUGUUGACCAGACCAUAGUCUUCACGGGUGACCAGAACACUAUAGACAACAGUAACAAGAGUACAGCAUGCAUUACUGAACAGACCACAGCUGAUACCAGUGACCAGAUCAGUAAAAUAGAAUUGGUCUGUGAUGAAGUUACAUUGGACAGCAUCUGUGAUCAACCCUUAUCUGAGGUAAUUAGUGACAUGGUGGGCAGCAUCAGUGACCAACCCUUAUCUGACUUAAUAUGUGAUAAAAACACAGCUGACAUGAUCCAGAAUUGUACUGUUGAACUUGAUAGACUUGAUAAUUUGUGGGAUAUGACUGAUGACAUUGACAAUGACCCGGAUUAUGAAGAAGGAAGCUCUGCUGAAGAUAGUGAAAGUUGUGCUGAAAAUAGUGACUCUGAUGAAUUUUCUGACUCUACUGAAAGGAGAGAUGAGUUGCAGGAAUUUUUGCCAAGAUCUACCUACACCAAAAAGACACCAGUUGAAAUUAUUGACUUGCGGAAAGCUUCCAGUGAAAUCAUGCCUUGCUCAAGACCAUUCAAUGAAGAUGAUUUUGAUAGGUGUGUUAAUUGCCCAAAUAUAUACACAAAGAAAUUAAGUAAAAACAGCAAUGAAAAUUCAAAAAUCGGAAGGCUUUAUGACAAGGUGCAUGCCUGCUUUUACUGCAGAAAUCUUAAAACAAACAUUCAGUCACACCUAUUGAACAAACAUGGGAAAAAGGAAGAUGUAUCUGAAAUAAAACAGCUGCAAAAUAGGGAAAAGAUGUUGCAAACCGAAGAUUGUAGGACAGAAGUUCGAAAAGAGAUAAAAAGGAAACAAGCUCUUCUAAGAAACAAAGGAGAUGAUAAGCAUAAUAAUAGCAUAUGUCUUCUUAAACAAGGUGAACUUUUAUUGGUACGCAGAAGACAGGUAAAGUUUAAUUCAAGACUAUAUGGUGCUUGCCCUGAAUGUAGAGAAUGGAUGUUACUGAAAGUGAACUAUGGAAAACACAUAAAAGUGUGUCCAGCUAAAACUAUAAUGUCUGUGUCAUCUGCCAUUGUACAAUCAAUGAUUUUUAAAGACCAUAUUAAAACAAAUCCAUCUAAAGAACUACAUGAAGUCUUCAGUUCAAUGCUCAAGGAUGAUAUAGGAUAUAUUGCUCUUGGAGACAAGCUUAUAAUAGCAUUAGGAGAGGCAUACUUCCUGAACACAUAUGCAGACAAGUUAAAAAGAAAAAAUUAUUCUAGUUUUAGAAUGCGUCUAGCAGCACGUUUAUUGAACCUUAUACGGAAAGAAAUUGGUGAUGAUAAUGCUUCGAUGAGUGAUUGCAUGGUGGUGGAAAAUGUUGACAUAUUUGCAAAGUGUGUCUUGCUGGCUUGUGGGAAAACCAAUGAUGAAGAGUUAAAAUAUCCCAGUGUUGCCUUGAAAAUAGUCGAGGACUUAAAAAAGAUGGUAGCAGCAAAAAUUGCUUACGCAGCUAAAAGCAGAGAUUUUCAAGCUAGAGAGGAAGGGAAGUUGUUUGAUGAUUUUCUUACAAAUGAAUGGAAAGCAAAGGUGAAAAACCAGGCAGCUGAGCUGCUUAAGCAACGACAGUUGAAGAAAAAAGACCCAUUGCCUGAUCCACAAGAUAUCGCCACAUUGACAAAGUUUCUGAUUGAGAAUCUUGAAACAAUCAAAUUAGACAGUGACAUAACAGUAUACAGGAGAGUUGUCCUCCUGACAGAGGCUCGUCUUCUCUUAUAUAAUCGUCAAAGACCUGGAGAAUUGGAGUCAUUAGACAUUGAAACAUACAAAAAGAGGUUGGCUAGUGUAAAUGAAACAGACCUCAGUCUGCGUAACCAGUUGACUACAUUGGAAAACAAGUUAAUGGAGUCUCGGGAACUCGAGUUGAGAGGGAAGGUCAGUUUCAUGUAUUCUUCUUGUAACAUGUAAAGAGUUGGCAGAAGU